AUGGGUAGCUGCUAGCUACAUUUCACUGCAACUGCUUUGUCAGUCUUUCUUCGGCCACUGGCGCGGCGGUAGCAUAAUUCGGGAACUUUUUGGUGUGCGGUGUUUGUUAUUGUAGUGUUGGCGAAGCUUCCGAUAGAAAGUUUAAUAUUUUUUAUUUUGUUUAUACAAAUUGUAUAUUUCAAAAUUACAAAAAGAAAAUAAAAACAAAUAUACAAAAUAAAUAAAAAUAUAAAUAAUUCUGUUGAAAGCAGUGGAUUCAAUUAUUUCUUGGAAAAUAAAUUUAACAAAAAAAUACUAUUCUUUUUUUUUUUGUUUAUUGUGAAAAUAUUUUUCGAUGUAUUGAUUCUGAACUAUAGAAUUUAUCAAUUAAAAACAUUGAAAUAGAGACGAUGUGCUACGUUAUAAUUACUGGCUGUAGUCUGAUUUGGUUCAUAUUGAGCCUCAUAACGGAUAUGUUUAUAGUAUCAGCCAUAGUAACACCAAAAUGGCUUAUAGGACCAGAAAUAAUCUAUGGUGGACACAAAUUACCAAAUCAAACGUUUGUAAUAUCAACUAUGCAAGCAAAAUUCCAGUCUGUGGGCAUCUAUACGCGCUGCAAGUCAAUGCAUGACUAUGGAUAUCAUUGCGGUCCAUUCGAUUUGGAUGGUUUUGCAACAGAUGGCAAUGUUUAUCCGACUGAAUGGAAGAUAGCUAUGUUUUUCAUAUCGUUUGGAUUUGCGGUAUUCUCCUUGACAGUAUUUCUGACACUCUUAACUUGUUGCAGGCAAUCAGCUUUUGGUAAGAGCAUACACAACAUGACCGCAUGUUUACAAGUAAUUUCAGGUAUAUCAGUGAUGUUGACAUUGUUUCUGCAUCCACUUGGUUGGGGAGCGAGACGUGUGCAAAUGUUAUGUGGUGUUGACGCGGAACCAUUUUAUCCAGCUAAUUGCACUAUUGGUAUAUCGUUCUACUGUGCGGUGUCCGGAGUAAUUUUGGCAUUUAUUUGUGCAGGCAUUAGUCUUAAGGCAGAAAAUUCGAAUAUGCGUUCACGCGUGAAAAGAAGAGUCGAGGGCGGUGAACGUUUAGUGUGUAUUCCAUGAAGAAA